AAUAAACAAAGCGCAUGCGCUAUACGUGCAACUCAGCGCUCUGAGUCUGACAAAUUUUGUCAACAUGGCGAAGAAAUAUUAUGGCAUAAAUGUGUCGAAACUGCUAAUAAUACAGAGUUUUACUCUGGUAAUGUUCAGUGGAAGAAUGAAUUCAUCUGCAUGCACCGUUGGAAGCUUCAAUCUUACAAGUAUCCAGACGUGGGGCACAUGGACAGCUCAAACGGCAGUAGACGGUACAGUAAGCACUAUCUUUUUGAAUCUAUGUGAGAAUGUGGGUCCUUCAAAUCCUGGUUCUACAGUAUGUGACUCCAAUGUCUCAUCCUGCUUGAAACAAGGGGACACUUUCACAAACAUCGGAAGCCACAAUGACACCCUUCAGCUUACAACCAAUGAAAACACAGGAGGAUUCCGUCUUGACUACAGGGGAAGCGAUUGCAACGAGACAGAGAAGUACCAGACCACUAUUGACUUCAAGUGUGGCACCACAUUGGGUUCACCAAAUUUCUUGGAGAAGUCCGGGUGCACAUACUUCUUUGAAUGGUACAGUACGGUUGCAUGCAGCAGUGUGAACGGACCCGCGUUCAACGAGGUGCCGUGCUCUCUGUAUGAUUCUAAAGGAAAGAAACGUGACCUUUCACCUCUGAUCAAACUAACAGGAGGGUACCUGGUAGAGUCUCCUGAUGCUGAUGAUCUCUAUAUCAAUGUGUGCAGGGAUAUCACUGCAGAUGCCACUGGUCCAACGGCAGGGUGCCCGGCCGGUUCAGCAGGCUGUCUGGUCAAGAAGGGUCUGUCUUUGAGCAUGGGUAAGCCCCACCUCAAGCUGGAGAGGCUAUCUGAUGAUGAACUUAAGCUUCACUAUGAGGGGAGGACAAUCCUAGACUCCUGUAAUGGGUUUGUACCCACUAUGACCAUAGUCUUCAUGUGCCCAAGGGAUCAGGGAAGGUUUGCUGCGACUCGUGGCCCGAUUCAAUUGUCAAGUACCAACUGCCAGUACCAGAUCCAAUGGCAGACGGAGUAUGCUUGUGAGGUUGAUAUGCUUACUACAGACACAUGUGCCUUCAACUCACCCACGCAUGGCAUCGACUUUGACCUUUCACCUCUCACAAAACCAGAUGGUGAAUUCUACCUGAUGACUACCGACAGCUAUUACUACUACAUCAAUAUAUGUGCUGAUUUGAUAGAUUUUAAAGUUUGUGAGGGUAUGGCCGUAUGCCAAGUAGACCGUGGCAGUGCAGUGUCCGGUGUCUCAGCAGGGCAGAAUAGUAGUCAUGAAUUAAGGUAUUCUGAUGGAGAAUUAACUCUGAUCUACAAAGGUGGUGCUGUGUGCAGUCAUAAUAAGUUCCAGAGGACCUCAGUAAUCUCAUUCCAGUGCAAUCAAACCAGUGAUCCUGGUCAACCAGAGUUUGUGACAGAAACAGAGUGCACCUAUUUCUUCCAAUGGCAGACCAAGUAUGCCUGCAUGGCGGAGGCUCCCUCCCAAACCACCUGCAGACUGGCCAAUGGCAAACAGCGUUAUGACCUUUCACCCUUGACUAGAACGUCUGGUUCUAACUGGCUCGUACUGGAUGGGAGGCAUUCUCACCCAGAGGCGACAGAGAGCGAGUAUUUCAUCAAUAUCUGCUCUGAGGUUGUUCAAGGGGAUACUGCCUCCGAAGGAUGUCCUCAAGGCUCUUCUGCCUGUGUUGUAGAUACUGUUGGCACCACAAGAACAGGUAAAAACCUGGGAAGAUACUUGACAUCUCCAGUUUGGCAGAACGAUCUUAUCACCAUGAGCUACACCGAUGGCGAUAUCUGCAAAGGCACCACUAAGAAACAAACAGACAUCACGUUCCUAUGUAGUCCUGGUGACUUGGAGAGCGCCCCCAUCCUGGUGCGUAAAUCGGAAGAUGAAUGUCAAUAUGACAUGGAGUGGCAUACAGCAGCUGCUUGUCCAUUGGCCAGUAAAUGGGGAACAGACUGUCGGGUGUUUGAUGAUGAUGCAGGUGUGUCUUUUGAUCUGAGUCCACUAUCUAAACCAGACGGGCAUUACAAUAUUUCUGUUGGAGAGUAUGACUACUACAUCAAUGUGUGCAGUGAUAUUAAACUGAGUCCUUGUAAUGAUGCGAGUCAUACCUUGCCUCAUGCAGCAGCUUGCCAGGCCAGGAAAGAUGGGAGUGGUACAUCCUACAUCCUUGGGCAGACCAACACCUCACUGGGUUACUUUGAUGGUAUCAUCAAGCUUACGUACCUCAAUGGCAAACCUUACCACUCAGACAAUGGACCUGGCAAACCAAGAAUGACUGAGAUUGCCUUCCUAUGUGACCCUGAUGUAGGUGUGGGAACCCCACAGUUCUUCCAGGAGAACAAUGCCACUUAUUUCUUCCGAUGGAACACCAAGUAUGCCUGCCCCCAGCAAUCCAUUGAGUGUGUGGUGACGGAUGAAUCCAACAGCGAGCAAUAUGACCUCUCAAGUCUUUCAAAAGCUUUAGAAGAAGAGAACUGGUCGUUUGUUGAUGAGAGGGAUGCAGCUAAUCGUAAGAAGUAUUACAUCAAUGUCUGCAGACCCAUCAAUCCUAUUAAAAUAUGUGGAGCCUUUGCUGGAGUCUGCCAAACAGGAUUCACUCAGACAGAUCAACAAAUAACUGAAACUGAAUCGAUAGCAAACUUGGGUAUCCCCGUAUCACCACCUACAAUUGAGAGCAGCGGCCAUCUUCUGUUGACGUAUGAAAAUGGAAGCGAGUGUGCACCAAAUAGAAGGAUUACCAGCCAUAUACACUUUGCAUGUAAUAAAGGAACACUGGCUAGCACCCCUCGCUUGCUGGAAGUGGUAGAUUCCUGCACAUACAGUUUCCUAUGGGAGACAGAGGCGGCCUGUCCCAUUGGUGUAUCAACGGGGGAGAAUUGCACAGUGAGGGACUCGAAUUCAGAUUAUGUCUUUAAUCUUCAACGGCUCAUCACAGAUAAUGGAUAUCAAGUGUUUGGUCCUAACAGCCAAGUGUUCAAGAUAAACGUCUGCAAAGGAGUCCCAUCAUGCCCUGCUGGCUCAGGGUCAUGUCUCACGUCCACCUUGUCGCUAGGCAACGUAUCAGCCACGCCUAUCUUCUCUGAUGAGGGGUUGCUAACGCUAGAGUACACUGGAGGGACCUUUGAUCCAGAGACAGCUAAGAACCCCUCAACAGUGAUAUCCUUCUUGUGUCGUCGCAAUGCCUCACUAGCUUCCCCGAGCCCAGUCUUCGUCAGGAAAGAGGGCUCGCGUUACAUCUUUAACUUUGAGACGCCACUCGCCUGUCUCCCAGAGUCUGUGGAUUGCCUUAUAUCCGAUAGGAAUGGAAACCAGUAUGACCUUUCACCUCUUGCAAAGGAUUCUGGGAACUGGGAGGCGGUGGACACAAGGCCCAACUUCCAUGGGUUGAGCUAUCAUAUUAACGUCUGCAGGCCGAUCAACAAGGGGGAUCCUGCAACUAGUUCAUGCCCAGGUGGACCAAUUGGUGCCUGUCAGAUCAGUGAGAGUAAUAAUAGUGCAUUCAACAUGGGUUACGUCCAAGCCAUGCCGGAAGCAGCAGUAGAUGGAACCCUUAGUCUGCGGUAUGUGAACGGUGACAUCUGCCACGGCAAGUACCAUCGCAGCACACGCAUCAACUUCGAAUGCUCAGAUACACCUGGAUCACCAGUGUUCCAGACUGAGUCAUCAGAGUGUGAGUACAUCUUCUCUUGGGAAACACCUGCAGCUUGUCCAUUAGAGAGGGUCACUGGAGGCAACUGCUCUGUCCAAGUUCCAGAAUUUGGUUUCCAAUUCAACCUCUCCUCACUCCACAACAAAACACAUGACUACACUGUGACUUCCACCGAACAUGAAUACACUAUUAAUGUCUGUGGCCCUCUAUUGACCAAGAUGGGAGAGUGUGCCGCAACUGAUGGUGUUGGGGCUUGUCAGAAACUGCAGGAUGGAACCUUCAAGAAUGCCGGUGUAUUCAACAAGAAUUUGGUCUAUGCUAAUGGAGUUUUGAAGCUGAACUACACCACUGGCUCAGUAUGUCAUAAUGUCUAUCAAAGAUCAACUGCUAUCAACUUUUAUUGCGAUGAAAACGUGAAUGGUAAUGGAGAACCCCACUACAUCCAGGAGACUUCUGAUUGUACGUAUGUGUUUGAGUGGGCCACGCCCCUUGCCUGUCCCCCUUUCAAGGUGGUAGAGUGCAGCUAUAGGGAUGGAGAGCAUCAGUAUGACCUCGCCCCACUCUCCAAGAUGACCGAUAAUUACAGGGUGCAUGCUGAUGGGAACACCGUGGAUGGCGAUGCUUACUAUAUCAAUGUGUGCAGGUCACUGUGGCACAGGAAAGGGGCACAAGGAGAAUUCUGUCCAAGCAAUGCUGCUUCAUGUCUCCAAACUGUUGAUUCCAAAGGGAAGAAAAGUUAUAUCAGUUUAGGUGAGGUUGGUCAAGGGCCAACAAUGGAGAAUGGUCAUCUUGUUCUACGCUAUAAUUCUGGACAUGCUUGCCCUGAUGGAACAGGAAGGAAGCGUAGUACUGUCAUUCAAAUACAGUGUGAUAAGAACUCAGUGGGUACUGCUCCUAUGUUUGACCAUGUUGAUGGUGACUGUGAAUAUCAUUUCCUUUGGUUGAGCAACUAUGCAUGUGAUAUUACAGAACAUACUGACAAACCUACCGGGGAUUGCACUGCUAUGAAUCCUAUUUCAGGAUUCCGGUUUGACUUUAACUCCUUGAAGAAGCAAGAUGGAUACAUCAUCAUGGGCAGUGACAGUCAUAAAUAUGUAAUCAAUGUUUGUGAUCCUCUUACUACCUCAGUGUGUGAUGGAAGCAAUAUUGGGUCUUGCCAAGAAGAGAUUGCUACGCAAGGGCGUCACUUCAACGCUGGUAUCUUCAACAAGAAUCUCUUCUUCGAUGACAGCAUCCUAUUCCUGCGCUAUGAUUUCGGCCAUGCCUGCCAUAACAAGCAUUUCAACAGGAGCAGUGUUAUCAACUUUGUAUGUCCCCAUCAACAGGAUAAGGUCGGAGAGCCGGUUUUUAUUGCAGAAUCGGAUGACUGCACCUACUACUUCUCCUGGCAUACUUCCCUGGCAUGUGAGAAAUUUAUCCAGUGUAGUGUGGUCAAUGGAUCAGAUACAAUCAGUCUUGCACCCCUAAUCAACGACCAGGGCUAUCAUCUAGCAACCAACCUCCUUGGUGACGGCAGCUUGGCCUACAUCAACCUAUGCCGACCUUUGAACCCUAUCCCAGGUCUGACCUGUCAUCCCAACUCUGCAGCCUGCCAGGUCAAAGGUGGAAACCCUGUUAAUCUUGGAAGAGUUUCAGAAGGACCUAAGAUUGGUACAGAUGGGAAACUUAGCAUCACAUACACACAGGGUGACCGUUGUCCCACGGAUGCUACAAAAAAUAUUUCAUCGGUCAUCAAGUUCUUCUGCAAGCAAGGGGUCACCCAGGGAACACCCACUUUGGAGUUCAUUGAAGAUUGCAUCUAUCAGUUCACCUGGGGGACCAACGUGGUGUGUCCUGCUACAGCACCUGAGAGUGAUCAAGAUUGUACCUUCUUCAACACAGCCUUGCAGUAUAGGUUUGACUUCACUGCUCUCUCAAAGCAAGAUCAGACAGUUGUAGCAUCAUCAGCUAAGAGCAUGAAGUUGAAGCUAUGUGGUCUAUCAGCUGACCAGUCCGGGGAGUGUAAAGGGUCAGCUGUCUGUCUUCAGGCCGGUAGUGAUAAGUUCUCUCUCGGAAAACUCUCCACACAGACCAUCAGCCAGGAAGGAGAAAUCUUCAAAGUGGAAUACACCGGUGGAUCCUCCUGUCCUUCAUCCUCUGAAAAGAAGAGACAGGCCACCAUUCUUCUCAUUUGUGAUCGAGAUGCUAAGAAUAUAUCCCCUACUUUCUUUUCUUCUGAUGAAAAUUGCCACUACACGUUCCAGUGGCGUACCCCUGCUGCUUGCCCGGCCGACACCAGACCAUGUGACCUUGCAUACGAGGGAAACAUCUAUGACCUUUCACCCUUAUCUCGCAUCACUGGCAGCUUCCAAAUCCAAGAUGAUAGCAAAAAUGAUUAUUACAUGAAUCUCUGUCAACCAGCAUACGAUACGCCUGAAGGCUGCCCAAAAGACGCCAGUGUUUGUCGUGAGAGAGCUAACGGGCAGGUGGAUGUCCUGGGCAUGGUCUACACACAGCAGAUGGCUGCCAAAGGAGAUGUUCCAGAUAUUGUGGUGACAUUCAUUGAGGGAACCAAUGUGGAUGAUUGCAGUGAUCCAGCUCAGCAGGGUUCACUUCCAGCUUCUUCAUUGAUCACUUUCAAGUGUGCCAAGAAAAACGGACGCCCAGUCUUCCAAAGGACUGAGCGUGUUGAUAACAAGUGCCAAUUUCAAUUUCUAUGGGAGUCGAAGGUAGCCUGCAAAGAAGAAAGAGUGUCUGUAACAUUAGUAAACAAAAUGAUCACCGACCCAGAGACCAAUGUCGUCAUGAACUUCACCGAGAUCAUCGACCAUGGCAUAUGGCAAGCUGAAGGGGACACUCGACUAGAAGCCACAGGAGAGACUGUUAGCUAUCUCUAUUACAUUGACAUGAAUGGUGAAGGUCAGAUUGAUGGUAUACCAGGUGAUCUUAGUCAUGUCUGUCAGGAUUCAGCUGUCUGCCAAACCAAAGUAGAGGAUGAACGGUUCUUUAGGGAUGUAGGAACAAGGUCAAGUAGACAAUUCUUCAUCGAAGAUGAGGUGGUGGAAAUGGAGGUCACCAAGCCUAAAAGCUGUGGGAAAGACAAUACUGAGGAUGUUAUAACAACAGUUAUAUUUGAAUGUGAAUCAGCUAUCUCAUACACCCAGCCUGUGUUUGAGUAUGAAUCCAGUAAUUGUCGAUACUACUUUUCCUGGAUGAUGUCUGCCGUUUGCACAGAAGGAAAAAUAGUAACGCCCGGUGAUGGUGGUGGGAGCGAUUCUGUGGUCAACUUAAAACACAAUCAAGCAUCAAUUAUCAUCUUGAUUUUAAUCAUCAUCAUCAUUUUAUGCUGUCUAGCAAUAGUGUUUCAUAAAAAAGAAAGAAGAUCUGCUGUUUAUUGGAGAAUACGAAGUUGUUGUCCUGGGGCAUAUUCUAAGGUUCCAACUUAUUCUUACUCUCAGCUCUCUAAUGGAGAUCCUGAUGAAUCAAACGAUUCUCGACCUCUGUUUGGCGGUCAAGAAGACGAAGAAUUACUUCGAGAAACGAGGAGAAAUCCCUUUGAGUUCCACGAUGACAGUGACGAUGAUAUCUUGCCACAUGUAUAGGACAAAAGUGUGAAGUUAUCUUUUAAUCUUAUUACUCAUUUUUUUAUAUAUUUUCAAUGUGGAAUGGAGUGGAGAUGAGGUCUGAAAAAUUUAAGUAAGAAAUGGACAUGAUUGUACAUGAUUUGAAUGCCGAUCUUGGUUCAGUUGUAAUAUGAAUUGUCUUGCUACAUGAGAUGUGCUGUUUCAUGUUAUAUGAAUGGUAUAUAUAUAUUUUUAUAUCAGUUUCUUCUGAGAUGCUAUGAGAUUUGUGAAAUGAAGACAUCUUCACUCGUUUACUAACCCUCGACAAAAGGUGGAAUUCUGAUUAUCUUUUUGUUGCACAGAUAAUUCUUACUUUGAUGACAUAUUGGUAUGUUUUACUCUUAUGUAUAAAUUAAAGGGAGUACAUAAUUGUUGAAACUGCAGACUAGCAUACAUGUAUAUGUGAUUUUUUUCCUAGCAAUGAUUCAUUUAACUCUAGGUUAACUUAGCCCAUACUUUAAUGAAGCACUCGUUACCAUUUUAUUCACUACAUAUAAAUAAAUAAGUGUUUGGUACCGAAAAAUUGUAAAAUAGCCUUAAAACAGACAUACUGGAGCAAGAGGUUUCACUCACUUGCGCAUGCUUGUGGCAGCAUAUGCAGCUCACUGACCCCAUCCUGUGCCACCAGAAGGAGUUCGUAAGAACCCUUGCGUUAUUUCAGUUGCUUUGCUUCAAUUCACAGCUGGUACUAAGCCUAAAUUGUUUACCUUGACAGCCAAUCACAGCUUGUCAUUUUGCGUCCAUCGUCUCUUUCGGUUCUGUUAUACACCCUAUAUAUUGUUUUGCUCUAGAGUUCUAGUCAUACAUGCGAUUUUACUCCGAUGAGUGCAUAUCGAAAAGUUUCAGUAUAUCCGUUUUUAAGGCUAUUCUAAGUAUAAAUAAUUAUAACCCUGCAAUGUCCGAAAAUUGUUAUCAAAUUGGAAAAAAAAGUUUACGAGGAAUAUACAAAAGGUAUAUUGGGUUAUUAUUUGGUAAAUUAUCUUUGUCAUGGAUAUUGAAAAAAAUAAAUUGACACUAGCAUUCCAUGGCAUUGUGAAUGUAAAAUCUUGUUUAGUUACUAGUUAAACCUAGGAUCAUUUAUCAGAAGACCACCUUAUGUAUUAUUUGUGUGGAAUGAAUUUACUUCCUUAGUUGUUACUGAAGUACUUUAAUGCUCACCAAGGUUAUAUAACACAAAGACUUAAAAUAGAUUGCAAAUAUGACAGAUUGAUUGUGAUUGGUUCCUGAUCAGUGUUUUGAACUAAAUGGGUAUGUAACAACGAAUCUGAUUGGUUAUUGCCCUGUGUCUGCUUUCUGUCUAGUCUUGUCUGCAGUUUUAACAGUGAUGCACUGGCCUUAAAGAUGAUAUCCUCCUUUUUUAUAUAUGGAUUAGCUGUUUAGGAAGAGAGAAAGAAGGGGAGAGAGAUACUUGAAAUGCACUAGAAUUACUUACAACUCAGAUGAAAAUAAUAUGGAAAUUAAUAAGUAGUCCAUCUUUAUGUUAUUUCAUUAGAAAGUGAAGUUGUAUGAAAUCAUUUUAAAUUUUUCUUUGCCUAAUAUUUUAAUAGAUUUCAGAUGAAUAUUUAUUUGCAUGGAAUGUGAUGUAAAUCACAAAUGGAAUUGAUAAUUUAUGACAAUUUUGUUUUCAUUCUUUUGUAGUGGUCAAAUGUAUUGUGGAAAAUUUUGUAUUACACUAGAGGUGUAAAUAAUUCUUUUGUAUGUUGCUGUGAUGAUAGUUAUGUAAGACUGUUUGAAAAAUAUGUGCAAUGAAAUAUAUAGUCUAUUGAGGUUUGGGUUCAAUAUCAAUAUUAACACGAUCUUAAGGUUGGUUUGAAUGCAAGUCUUUUUCAAACCGCCAAGAACACCAUGAAAAAUGAAACAAAAAAUUUACGGCAAUGGUAGAUGAGUAGAGUUUGUUUGUGGCAACGCCUUUUCCUGUUUCUUUAAAGUCAAAAUGAAGAUGCAGCAUUCUUUAGACUGCACUAUUAUAGAGCAAGAGUAUUGCAGUAUAUUGUGAGGGUAUAACUAAUCCAAUUUUUAACAGUAGUGUAAGUGUUAAAGACUAGGCGAUACGAACACAUUUUAAGGGGAUUUUGCACAACCAUAUUAAGAGAUUGAAUUUGAGUGUAUGUUAUUUGAUGUACUUUAUACCAUCGCACAGCCUUUCUUGUUGUCUUGUUCAUAAAUAUAUUAACUCUUGGCAGCUGCUCUGAUUUUUUGUUUAAUUUUCAUGAUACAUGUAUUCCGGUAAUUAAAUUACUUGCAAUGUAGUGUGUAUGCUGUAGACUAAUUAUUUCAAAUUUCCUCAUAUUUUUUUUCUAAAUCAGUAUAUGUAAAGUUUUUUAAGCCUACUCAAUGCUGUAGUAAUACAUUCUGGCAUAUUUGGGAUAAAUUUAACUUGGAACACAUUGAGAAAUUAUCUAGAAAAAUUCUUGAACACUUUUCUCCCUUUUACCAUUUAGUGUGCAAUUAUAAGUUAAUAACAUCAA